UGGAGAGAAACAUAAAAGUAUCUGUGAAAGUUGUAGGAUAUUGAGAAUCAAAGCACCGUUUUAGCUCCAGAACGAGGUCGGACCCUCCGAGCGACUGUAGAAAAACAACGUUAGAGAACAUCUACAGAUCUAGUCGUGAGAGAUACAGGCGUCAGUGUCAUGUCUCGACUCAUUUUGCUGCUGGUGCUUCUGAUGUGUGUUAGCGCUCAGCUCUCAGACGCUCAGCACUGGUCCCACGGCUGGUAUCCUGGAGGAAAACGGGAGCUGGACUCAUUUGGAGCAUCAGAGAUGUCGGAGGAAAUUAAGUUGUGUGAGGCAGGGGAAUGCAGUUAUCUGAGACCCCAGAGGAGGAAUACCCUGAGAAACAUUGUUUUAGAUGCGCUGGCCAGAGAGCUCCAGAAGAGAAAGUAACUGCUUCCUGUCUCCACUACGCUUUUCUACCUGGCGACCAUGUUCUCCUGUGUCUUCAUCUUGGAACAAUUCUGUGUAGUUUUGUCUGAAGUGGUUUUUCUCAGUGGCAACUCAACGUGAAAGGUAUACUAGCCCAAAAUAAAGUGUCUA